CCGCCGGUCGGAACGGACGUCAACGGCUUCAAAUACCAAGGUUGUUUCUUUGACCAGCAAUCCCCCCGUACCCUCGCGGCCAAAUUCGUCUCUUCCAGCAACGUCACCCCCCUCACCUGUGUCAAGUACUGUCAGAGCUUCAACUAUGACCUCGCCGGUGUUGAGUACGGUGUCGAGUGUUACUGUGACAAUGUCAUCGGACCCGCCGGCAAGGCUCUGGACCCCGCCAAGUGCACCGUCUACGCCUGCACCAACGAUAUCACCAAGAACUGCGGUGGAGACUGGGCCAUGGCUCUCUACGCC